AUGGCAGCCGACAUUGUCACAACUUUGGGUAUACCCAACAUGACCGCGCCAAUUUACGCCAACUUCACGAGGCCAGCCGCAGAUCUCGCCAACGCAAGCCCCCCAUUCAUCGCUGCCGUUGUUCGAGAUAGCUACCGCGCCAUCUUCAAGGCCCGCGUCGCCGCCGGGGAGGCAAAGCCUUUUGUCCUACCUUACGGCAUCUUUGGAUCCUUCAUACUGCCUAUCCUGUACAUGACCAUUCCGCACAGAAAACGACCCUGGGUAUAUGCUGCGAGGUGGCUCGUGCUCGCCUUCAUCAUCGCCUUCAACAUCAAGAUUAUGCGAGAAACUUCCAGCACCAACAUGUCCAUGGGCUACACGAGCGGGCUGUCAGCAUUUUGGGGAAUCCUGAGCAACAUAAACACCUUCAUCUUUACGGCACCUCAGUUUGAGUUCGAGAGAGUGGCGCGGAGGAAGAGGUCCAAAACUCUGUCGCCAAAGAGUUCCAGCAGAGCCAGCUCCCCCGUCACCCGCUCAAACUCUCAAAGCGGUCUCCGCAAACGAGCCGGCAGCAAGAAACGUCGCAACCAGAUCACAGCUCCUGAUGUUAACGUUGACGAGUUCGAAUAUUACUGGCAGUCCUACCCAGGGAAUGGUACUUUCUUGCAGCGUCUGGGUUGGGUGCUUGACUUGUACACAAACUUCAGGGGAGUCGGUUGGUCUUGGGCCGUCUCAUCUGUACCAAGCCCUGCUCCCCCUGAGCAUCCGCACACCGAAGAACUGGUCAAGAUGGACACGAUCCCGCUCGAGACAUUCGUGGGGUGUCAGACCUACAAAGACGAGCGCGACUUCUUGCUGAGAAAGAUUAUACCUUUCAUAACAAGCUACAUGAUUCUUGACGUCUUCAAGGUCAAGAGCACAGAGGAUCCGUACUUCAUCUUUGGGAGCACCCCGUUCCCUCUUCCACCUUCUCUCGCGUCCACGCCAGGUUGGCUCUUGUCUGUUUACCGACACGCCGGCAUCAUCUGCACCAUCUACGCCGCGCUUGUCAUGAUCUUCUCUCUCCACGAUCUAUUCCAGUACUUCGUAUUGAGCAAAGCCUUCCCUCUCCGCGGCGAGCUCUGGCAGUACUCCUCCGUGUUCGGCUCCUUCUCUCAGAUCAUGGAUAGAGGUUUGGCCGGAUUCUGGGGAGCAUGGUGGCACCAAACGUUCCGCCACGCCUUCUCUGCCCCGGGAAACUGGCUUGUGAAACACGGAUAUCUGAAAAAGGGAACCAAGAGCACGAAGCUGAUCGUCGUCUUCAUCGCCUUUUGGCUGUCCGGCCUGCUCCACGGCGCCGGCAGCGUAACCGCAAUCCCCGACACAAACUGGCUGAAGCCCUGCUUCUUCUUUUGGGCGUCCGGUGUCGGCGUGCUUCUUCAGCAGAUCUUCUGCGCGGCCUUGAAGCCUCAGAUCACGAAGAUGCCUCGUGCGGCGAGGAGGCUGGGCAACCUGUUGUUCGUCCUUGUGUGGCUGCAAAUUACAGUCAAGCCCUUGGCGGAUGACUUCGCCGAGACCGGUCUGUGGUUGGUGGAGCCGGUCCCUUUGUCUGUGGUGCGAGCGCUGGGUUUUGGCCAUGGAGAGACGUCGUGGUGGAAGCCUGACAUGGAGGCGAUUGGGCAUUGGCAUAUCGGAGAGCAUUGGUGGGAGAGCGGUUUUGGCUAUUAG